AUGGUAACUCUAUCAUCCAUCAACCAAACAAGAGAGUUUGGUUACCCUACUCCAUUUACAGCAUCCCCAUGGUUUUCGCUGCUUCUAUUAUCUCUGGCCAGUCAAAGACAUGCACCAAAGCCUAAGUCAAGAUUCAAAAAAGAAUAUGAUUACAUCAUUGUUGGAGGAGGAGCUGCCGGUUCUGUUGUUGCUAGUCGUCUGUCAGAAAUCGCAUGUGUGAAUGUGCUUCUACUGGAAGCUGGUGGUUUUCCACCGAGGAUCACUGAAGUGCCUGGGACAUUCCGAAGCUUCAUGAUGAGUGAUCUGGAUUGGAAGUUCCAGACGACCCCACAGCAACAUACCGGUGCAGGACUCAAAAAUAAGAGCAUACAAUGGGCUAGUGGAAAGACUUUGGGUGGUGGAAGCACAAUAGGCUCUAUGUCUUAUUCCCGAGGUAAUCGAAAAAACUAUGACGAUUGGGAAAGACAAGGAGCAACUGGCUGGAGCUACGAAGAUGUGUUGCCAUAUUUUCAAAAACUGGAAAAUUAUACAGUACCAGAAAGGAAAAAGAGUGCACUUCACGGCCAUGAUGGACCUAUAACAGUAUCGCAGCCACAUUUUUAUCCUGAAACAAAACAAGCCCUUGAGGAAGCUGCCAAAAAUUUAAAACACACAUCUGUCGAUCCUGAUGGGGAAAAACAAACAGGUUCCCUUGACGAUCCAAUCAGCACCAGAAAUGGACAGAGAUGUAGCACAGCUAAAGCUUAUUUGGUACCAGGAGAAAACCGCACAAAUUUAGACAUUUUAACCAACGCGUUUGUGAGAAAGAUAAUUAUAGAAAAUAAGCGUGCUGUCGGUGUGGAAUUCGACUUUAAUAAGAAAACUUACAAGGUUAGAGCAAAUAAAGAAGUCAUCCUGUCCGCCGGAACUGUCAAAACAGCUCACUUACUUAUGCUGUCUGGUAUUGGUCCCAUGUCGGAAUUAACCAAGUUCAAUAUACCUGUAGUUGCGGAUUUGCCAGUUGGUUUUAAUUUACAAGAUCAUCCUUUCUCUUUUCUUGCUUACGAAGUGAAAUCCACGUUGAAGAGAUUUGUUGAUGAACUUGGAGAUGAUAAAAACAUUCUUCAGUAUAUUUACAACAGAACGGGUCCUUUAACAUCUGCUGGAGGGGAAUAUUUAAGAUUAUUUUUGCCAAAUUAUGGUCUAAACUCCAGCAUAGAUCAUCCCGAUCGUCUUUUGCAUGUUGUUGAUCUUGACAGUAUUGUAAUGAAGAAACAGAUAAACUUGAAACAGCAGCUAUUACACCCCAAAAGUAGAGGCACAAUUUCUCUAAUAUCUACCAAUCCUUAUCACAGCCCUCUUAUAGACCCAAGUUAUUAUGCAGACUAUCGGGAUGUAGAAGACGUUGUACAAGGAUUGAUGAAUUGCAAUAAACUAAUGUCCGAUCCAGACAUGAGAAAAGUGGGUGCAAAGCCCCUCGAAAAUCUAAUACCAGGAUGUGAAUAUUAUGCCGGUAAAGAACGAAUGUAUCUGAACUGUGUUAUUCGAACGUUUGUUGGAACAACGGGACACUACGUAGGAACAGCAAAAAUGGGUCAUUCCCAUGAUCCAACAACAGUGGUUGAUCCACAGUUAAGGGUAAAGCACGUCAAAAAUCUCAGAGUUGUAGAUGCAUCCAUCAUGCCUGUAAUACCUUGGGGGCCCACCCUCAUCCCUACCGUCAUGGUUGCAGAGAAAGCAUCAGACAUAAUAAAAAAGUCUAUUUAUUGUAUGGAUUAUGGAUCGUCAAACAGUGGAAAAGGAAAACACUGUGGCUAA